AUGUCCCAAAAACUAAUCGAAGCCCCAAUCACUCCCCAAUCAUCAAUAGGUCACAUUCUACGUGCCCAAUUCGCACUCCAAAAUCAGCUACCAGAGGAGAAACCGAAAACAGUUGGAUUCAAUGAAGCCGAGAACAUGAAACUGUACGAGUUGUAUUCCAAUCGAAGAGAAGAGUAUCAUUCUACAAGACCGUCCGGACAGAGAAAUGAAGAAGUUCCAAUGGAUGCGUUGGCUAGAGAGUGGGCGACAGAAAUAACAGCGAUGGGAUUUGCGGAGCGCACUCCGGCUCAGAUAAAGCAACGGAUUAGGGAUAUGAGGAAAUUCUCUCGCAAGCAUGCCCACAAACUCGGUAUCACCAACAUUUGUGGGGGAUCGGAAAUCGAGAGAUAUGCAGAGUUCAGCUGGGCGGAGCCAAAACGUCGUGCUCGCGGACCUGUUCCGGAUUGGAUGUCAGGGUUAGCAGAGAUCAUGAUAAACGAACAGGACGUCAAGCAGGAGGAUGCCGAUUCUGCAUCUGAUAUCAUGGAAGCCUCUUAUGGCCCCAAAGCAAAACGAUUGAGAUUGCAUAGAACUGAAAUGCAGUUACAGCAACUACAAGCUCAUCUGGAGAUGAAACAAAAAGAAUUGAAAGAAGAAAAAAAUAAGGAGGACAUGCAAAGUGAUCCAGCGUUCGUGAUUCAUGAGAGAGAAACAAGAGAUGUUAGUCCAGAAACAUCAUUGGUGGAAAAGAAGCUUCAGCUGGCAGAUGCGAAGUUGUUGACGGAACAUUUGAAACAACAGGUAAGAGCUGGUUUGCCUAUGCAGGAUUUGGGCGGAGAAUGGGGGCAAUGA